GAACAAGUCUGUGAGAGAGCUUCAGUACUAGUCUGUGAGAGAGCUUUAGAACAAGUCUGUGAGAGAGCUUCAGUACAAGUCUGUGAGAGAGCUUUAGAACAAGUCUGUGAGAGAGCUUCAGUACUAGUCUGUGAGAGAGCUUUAGACCAAGUCUGUGAGAGAGCUUUAGAACAAGUCUGUGAGAGAGCUUCAGUACUAGUCUGUGAGAGAGCUUUAGAACUAGUCUGUGAGAUAGCUUUAGAACAAGUCUGUGAGAGAGAUAUAGAACAAGUCUGUGAGAGAGCUUUAGAACAAGUCUGUGAGAGAGAUUUAGAACAAGUCUGUGAGAGAGCUUCAGUACUAGUCUGUGAGAGAGCUUUAGAACAAGUCUGUGAGAGAGCUUCAGUACAAGUCUGUGAGAGAGCUUUAGAACAAGUCUGUGAGAGAGCUUCAGCACUAGUCUGUGAGAGAGCUUUAGACCAAGUCUGUGAGAGAGCUUUAGAACAAGUCUGUGAGAGAGCUUCAUUACAAGUCUGUGAGAGAGCUUUAGAACAAGUCUGUGAGAGAGCUUUAGAACUAGUCUGUAAGAGAGCUUUAGAACAAGUCUGUGAGAGAGCUUCAGAACUAGUCUGUAAGAGAGCUUUAGAACAAGUCUUUGAGAGAGCUUUAGAACAAGUCUGUGAGAGAGCUUUAGAACAAGUCUUUGAGAGAGCUUUAGAACAAGUCUGUUAG